GGCGAGGCCUCGCCGCCCGCGGUGUUGGCGCUGGGUUUUCGCGGUGGCAGUGGGUGACCUGUUGCUGCAGGGGUGCUCAGGCAGGGCCCGGCAGUGCUCGGGUGCUGUAGCGUCGACACCCCAAGUUCUGCUCGUGGGGAGGAGUGCGCAAGGACAGCCCUUUAGAAACAACGUGCCGGGUUGGGGAGGCCAUGGUGAAAUCCCACAAUGCCAUUUUGAGAGGGUGAGGUGAAGGAGGAGAAAGGGUAAUAAGAAAUGGCCAAGCAAACAGCCGUGACGAUUACUUUGGCGACCCUGCUGGGUGUUGCAUUGGGGGGCCUGGUUUUGUGGAAAGCGAGCCAGUGUCGGAAAGGAAAAACACGCUGUAGUAGUCAGCAAGAGGAAGCAGCAGAGAAGUCAGGAGAUGAGAAACUCACUAAGGCAGAGGAUAAGAAGGUGCUUUCCUUCUUCAGAUCUCCCACGUUUUUCUGGAUAGAGAGGACCCUUGAUGCAGACAUAGUGCUGGUUUCAGAGCAGGAGGAGUGGGAUCAUGUAGAACCAUUGCUGAAGAAGGAGCUGGAGAAGUGGCCGGUUCUUGGAAUUGAUUGUGAGUGGGUCUCUGUGGAUGGAAAAGCAAAUCCUGUAUCCCUGUUACAGAUAGCUUCUUCCAGUGGCCUCUGCAUUCUUGUUCGGUUGCCCAAUCUUGUUGCCAGUGGUCAGACUCUUCCAAAGACCCUGUUGGACAUCAUGGCAGAUAGUGCUGUGUUGAAAGUUGGGGUAGGAUGCUGGGAAGAUGCUUGCAAAUUGCUUCAUGAUUAUGGUCUUCCAGUCAAAGGGAGCAUGGACCUCCGGUAUUUAGCCAUGAGAGAGAGGAAGGAUCUACUUCACAACUGCCUUAGCCUUAAGUCUUUAGCUGAAAAAGUACUGAACUUCACACUUGACAAGUCUCCUCAUGUGCGUUGCAGCAACUGGGAAGCAGAAGAACUGACACAAGAUCAGGUUCUCUAUGCUGCUAGGGAUGCCCAGGUCUCAGUGGCUCUGUUCUUCCAUUUGCUGGGAUUUACCAGCCUCCCUGCUACAUCUGAAGGUGAAAACUCUGUUGCUGCUUGGGAGAAAGCACGGGGUAGAUGCCAGGGCUUGGUGGAUAUUCCAUUUAGAGGAAGAAAGAGAGGCAGCACAGGAGAGGAGAAGAGUGGAGAGGGACGUUCUCCUCAGAAAACAAAGAAUCGGAAGUCGUGGAUGAAUGGCCAGCCCUCUGGCAAUCAGCAAAUGAGAGAUCCACGGAGGCAGAAGAGAAAGCCUCUGGGCGUGGGAUAUUCUGCACGAAAAUCUCCACUUUAUGACAACUGCUUCCUGCAUGCACCAGAUGGACAGCCCCUGUGCACUUGUGAUCGCAAAAAGGCUCAGUGGUAUUUGGACAAGGGGAUUGGAGAGCUAGUUAGCACAGACCCUUUUGUUGUGAAGCUGCGGUUUGAGCCUUCAGGACGUCCCGAGUCUCAAGUUGAUUAUUAUCUGACAAUCAAAGAAAAUCUCUGUGUUGUAUGUGGCAAGCGAGAAUCCUAUAUCCGGAAGAAUGUUGUUCCUCACGAAUACCGAAGACACUUCCCCAUCCAGAUGAAGGACCACAACUCACAUGACGUGCUCCUGCUCUGCACAUCCUGCCAUGCCAUCUCCAAUUACUAUGACAACCACCUGAAGCAGCAGCUGGCCCAGGAGUUCGGGGCUCCGAUCGGCUCUGAGGAAGGCGUGCGUCUCUUGGAGGACCCUCUGCGCAGGCAAGUGCGCUCGGGAGCGCGAGCCCUGCUGAAUGCAGACAGCCUGCCUGACCCUCGAAGGGCAGAGCUGCUGCAGAGCAUCAAGGACUUCUAUAACACAGACACAGUCACUCCAGAGAUGCUCCAGACAGCAGCUGGUCUGGAAACCAGGAUCUGCAAUGAGAGCUACGUGCCACAUGGACUGAAGGUGGUGCAGUGUUGUGCUAAAGGAGGCCUGCGCUCUCUUAUGCAGCUGGAAAGACGCUGGCGGCAGCAUUUCUUGGAUAGCAUGAAGCCAAAACACCUCCCAGAGCAAUGGUCAGUGGACCAUAACCAUGUGAAGUUGAUCCAAAAGUAUGGGGAGGAUCUUCAGAUCAAGCUGUCAUGAAACUAACUUCCUGGACUCUGGAUAGUGUCUAAUGGACAAUGUGACUGAAGAUGGAAAGACUUCUUAUUUCUGUGUCUCCACUAACACCUUGGGCCUGGGUUUGCAGAAAGACAGUGGUAGAUCUGCCAGAUUUGCCAGUUAAAGUUAAAUUUGACAGUUUAUAUUAAAUCCAUUGACUUGAGCUUUCAGACGGUUUGGAAGUUUAAUCUUAGUC